AUGUCGCUGGACUGGUACGACAACUUUAUCGACAAGGUGCAGGGCACGCCGUCGUGGCAGCCCGCGCAGGAGCAGGUCUUGACAGAGCCGUACACCUACCUCGCCUCGAUCCCGGGCAAGGAGGUGCGCUCGGCGCUCAUCGCGGCGUUCAACCAGUGGAUGGGUGUCGCAGACGUCGAUCUCGAGAUUGUCAAGAGAGUCGUCGGGAUGCUGCACACGGCCAGCCUGCUGAUGGACGACGUCGAGGACGACUCGCACCUCCGUCGAGGCAUGCCUGUCGCACACAAGAUCUACGGGAUCCCCCAGACGAUCAACUCGGCCAACUAUGUCUACUUUCUCGCGUUUCAAGAACUCCAGCGGAUACACCCGCGGCCGGGCAUCAAGGUCGAAGAGAUGGUCACCGAGGAGCUGCUGAACCUGCAUCGCGGCCAAGGGAUGGACCUCUUCUGGCGCGAGAACUUGAUCUGCCCGACAGAACCGGAGUACAUCGACAUGGUCAACAACAAGACGGGAGGACUGUUCCGCAUCGCGAUCAAGUUGAUGAUGGCCGCUUCGCCUGCAGCACCACGAGAUUACGUCCCGCUCGCCAACCUGAUCGGCAUCAUCUUCCAGAUUCGCGACGACUACGUGAACCUGCAAUCGGUCGAGUACGCAAACAACAAGGGCUUCUGCGAAGACUUCUCCGAAGGCAAAUUCUCCUUCCCCAUCGUCCACUCGAUCCGCUCCGACACCUCGAACCGCCAAAUCCUCAACAUCCUCCGCGAGCGGCCCUCUUCUCCCGGUCCGAAAGAGUACGCUGUCAGCUACAUGGAGACGCGGACGGGCUCCUUCGCGUACACGCGCGAGGUGUUGCGCAAGUUGACGCAGCAGGCGAGGGAUGAGGUUGCGCGGCUGGGAGGGAACAGAGGCGUCGAGGCGAUUCUCGACAAGCUUGUGUUGGAGGAACCGCAGGCGAGGGCGACUGGCGUUGAGGGCGAGGCGAUGGAGAGGAAGCUGGAGGAGGUUGUCAAGAGCAAACCGGUCAAGGCGGUGACGAACGGCGUCAAUGGCGUCCAUGCGCACGAGCUUCCCAAAGUCUGA